CGAGUCACGUGACCCUGGUACUGCUAUUCUAACCGCGUAUUUACAUGGAAAGGACUGACCUGUAGAAGUGAUCAAAACAUCUCCCAUAACUGACCGUCAAAACACAGGGCUAGGUCCCUGUUCCUCGCACACCGCGUCAGUCCACAGAGGCCGUCCAUGGGGUUCCAUAGCCUGCUGUGUUGCUUGCCUCACAAUGGUAAGCUAAAGAUAUGUCGGCGAGGAGGACACACAUACGCCAUGCAGAGUCCGGCAAAGGUCAACAAUUGCUCGAAAACCGCUGACACGAACCCGGGAUGUGCUGCUAGCCCGAAGAAGAAGAGUGCGAUGAAGACGUCAAGCAGCAGCAAGGUGCCCAAGGUGCUUCAGAAGAGUGACAAGAAGCAGCUGACGGCGUGGCUAGGCGACAACAAGAGUUUCAACCUGUUGUACAAAGCCUCGAGAGAUGGCUGCAGUGCUCAAGUGUUCCAUCAGAAGUGCGACAACAAGGGCCCCACAGUCACAGUGCUGUACAACUCCCUGGACUGCGUCUUCGGGGGCUACACCGCCCUGAACUGGACCUCCAACGUCAACGGCAUGUGGCUGACCGAUCAGAGUGCGUUCCUAUUCAGGUUGUACUUCAAAGGGAAGUUCGAUCCCCAAAAGUACCCGGCCAAGAACGGGUCCAAUGCAAUAUACUGUCUCGGCUCGUACGGCCCUACGUUCGGAGGUGGCCACGACUUGUUCGCAUUCAGUGGGUCAGUUCCUAAGAACGGCCAAUAUUUCCAGGUGAACGGGAGUACCAACUUCGGCACAAGUUUCCACAUGCAGGGAGAUACCGCCACGACGGUGACGGCGGAUAACCUCCAGCUUGUCGACGUGGAAGUGUACCAGAUUACAGACAGCAAUGACUUGAGCGAGGAGCCGUGGCGGAAGUUACCUGAACUGAACACCAAGGCACUCAAGUCCUACAUUGACCUGUAUGCACCGCUCGGAGGCCUUAAGGUGAACAAUGUCAACAUCCUGAUGAUCGGGGCCGUCGGGGCCGGCAAGUCCAGCUACUUCAACACCAUUAACUCCAUAUUUAGAGGUCACGUGACGAGUCAGGCCUGCAGCGGAAGUGCCGAACAUAGCCUAACUACCAUGUUCCGCAUGUACAAGGUGCGGUCCUCGGAGUCGUGCAUGCCCCUCAAGUUCCGGCUGUGUGAUACACGUGGACUGGAAGAAGGGCAGGGCAUGGACGACAGUGACCUUGUCGCCAUCUUGGACGGACAUCUGCCAGAUAGAUACCAGUUCAACCCUGCAGUGCCCAUUUCCCCGGACUCGGCCGGCUACAAGAAAAGCCCGAUCCUAGCCGACAAGAUCCAUUGCAUCGCCUUCGUCCUCGACGGCUGUACCGUGGAUGUCUUCCCUGACAAGAUUCUACAAACCAUCAAGUCAAUACAGCAGCGAGCCAACCAGAGAGGUAUUCCCCAGGUUGUUCUCCUGACGAAGGUAGACCGCGCCUGUUUGUUGGUAGAGAGCGACCUCUCCCAGAUCUUCCGCAGCGCAACAGUCGGGGAACUAGUGGACCAGGUGGCGCAGUUGGUCGGCCUGCCACGUGCGCACGUGCUUCCCGUGAAGAACUACGAGAAGGAGAUGGAGCUGGACCAGAACGUGGACAUUCCCGCGCUGCUCAGUCUGAGGCAGAUGCUGCGGUUUGCCGACGACUACUUGUACAACUACCUGGACCAACACGAGGGGAAGAUCCACCUGUUCAGCCAGGCAUACAGAGGCAACAGGUGUCUGUCCGAGGAGUCCGUCAACUACAACUGCUGGAAGGGGUCCCCACGGAGGGGGUCACGGGCCAACUGUCACACCUAGCCCCCUGGGCAAUAGUUACAUCCGCCGUCAACCCACUGGCUUUAUAACAGUCAGUGGAUAUAUAUGACAAAGUGUAACGUUAUACAAUAAGGUUUAACAAUAGAUUUAUACAAUAAGUUUUAACUACAACUGUUUGGACUAGGAUAUUCGGUACAUUCUCUGUCAAUAUGACAGUCAAUAGGUUAAUAAUACAAAGUGUAACUGAAGUGGUUCAAAUGGUCUUGGAGAGGUUUCUAUCCAUUUGCUUGCUCAAUGCGUUUGGAUAAAAUGGUAAUGGAACUUAUCAUGUUAUAUCACACCAAAAUAGUUCUUAUAAUAUUCCAGAUCAUAUGUAUAAAUCUGGCCAAAUCCAACUUAUCAUGUAUAAUUAGGUCCCAAGAAGCAGUGUUUCCUCAAAACAAAAAAUUAAAACUAAACAUAUUUAAUGCUGAGGUCAGAAUGAGAGUUCAGGAAUGGCUGUAUUCUCAAAAGUCAAAACUCUUUGAUUUAUAUAACGAGGACAUAUUGUCAUGUAUAAAGAUGUAAAGGAAGCGUGACACAGAGGUUCCAGUUAACGUGUUUAAAUUAACAAUGCAUGGUCGAGACUCUUUCUUCCAAUACAGCCAGCUUCAUGUCUGUGUCUACUCCUUGCUGAGUAAUGAAAUCCCCUGGUCAUGAAGACAAACGAGAUACACGUUCAGACCUCUACCUAGCUAUAGUGCCGUCUAUACACUGUCAGAACCAGUGACAGACAAGCCUCCACGGCCGAUCCCACGUCUGUAGAAUUGUCCGUGGUUUUCUACAGAUAGUGUUCAUUUACUUUUUACAAAUAUCGACAUAUACAUUUUGUUUUUGUAUCCAGGAGAUGAAAGAAAUAUCCAGUGUAUAGUUCCCGAUGUCCAUUGUCACACAACAAUAUAUUCUGUUUCACACCACACCAAUGCCAGCUGCAGCGUGACACAACAUAAUAUAUUCUGUUUCACACCACACCAAUACCAGCUGCAGCGUGACACAACAUAAUAUAUUCUGUUUCACACCACACCAAUGGCAGCUGCAGCGUCACACAACAUAAUAUAUUCUGUUUCACACCACACCAAUACCAGCUGCAGGGUGACACAACAUAAUAUAUUCUGUUUCACACCACACCAAUACCAGCUGCAGCGUGACACAACAUAAUAUAUUCUGUUUCACACCACACCAAUACCAGCUGCAGGGUGAUACAACAUAAUAUAUCUUGUAUCACACCACACCAAUACCAGCUGCAGCGUCACACAACAUAAUAUAAUUUGUAUCACACCACAACAAUACCAGCUGCAGCGGCACACAACAUAAUAUAUUUGGUAUCACACCACAACAAUACCAGAGCAUAGUGGUCUCGUCCACUCUCACAACCAUAUGACAAUAAUCUGUGUAACACCGUUGGCACGUGUUACUGGCCCUAUACUCUUGAACAUACUUAUGGUUAACGGCCAUGCUUUGAAAGACAGUCAAACGUUGAUAGAAUGUGAACACAAUUCACUUCCUUGUUUAUGUAAUUGAAUCUAGCUAAAAUGAGAUAUCACUAAGCUCAUAGAAAUAUAAAUUGUCAAUGCAAGAGAAUAACCAGCCUAGAUUGUCUGCCUAAACAGAUUCCACUUAGCCUAAAGGGCAAAUAGCUGUGGAAAAUAUAUGAAAGGACCUCUGAAAAUCAGUGAUGACACCAACUGUUCACAAUGUUAAUGCUUAAAACAGACGCGAGACCGUCCCACCGUAGGCUCUCUAUAACGUCUUCACAGCCUUUAUAGUGAGGAUUAGCAUCAACACAGGUAAAUAAAAUUAUUAAAUAUUAUAUCGAUAAACGUAGACACUUUACAGAAACCGUGACACAGCUGCAUGUUGGAAGUGACAAAUUCCAAAAAUUCCAAACUUCGCCACCUACUGACGAUGAGAGCACCGCGUGGCCUAGGUUACGCUGUGUGUACAGUAUGUCCAAUGUUUGACGGACUGUACGAGGAACGCGCUGCUCUCAUUGUGAGGUUGUACAUAGUGUGACAUACAAAUAGCUCACCUUAACUCCGAUUAUUACAAGUCUUGUCAGCAAGUCCUCUCUCGCAUAGAUGUGUUUAUAGUUCGUCCUUAAAGUCAAUACUGUUGCAUCAUCUAGACAUUAGCUCAUAUCAGUGUUACGUCACAGUGACCCUGCCUUCGUGUUGCAGUUAACUAGUCUUCAAUAGAUGUGUGUGUGUGUUUUUUGUUGAACUUGUUCUCUUAUUGGCUAAAAUAACAACUUUCGUUUAUAAAUAUCAAUGAUCUAAGUAUCUUUAAUAUCGGUAUUGAAAAGAACCGACUGCAUCUGCCCCUGCGGUGCGUAUCAGAGAAGCCGUCACCAGUCAAGAUGGCGGCCGCGUUAUUUCCGGUCCAUUAAUAAGCUUAGAUGGGCUCUCUUGACAAUAUUUCUGCCUCAUGCACUUGAUGAGAUAUAUACGUAACCAUGGUAACGUGACAACUUGGUGACUUGAUUCCUGUCAUUGCCAAUAGACUUUAAUUGAAAUGUAAUCAUGCGUAAAUUUGAUCUUUCUCAGUCCUUUCGGUCGUCCGUUUAAUCGCCUAUGACCGGUGAAUCCUCCAUGAUUUCUGCUCAAUAAAUCCGCGAUGAUAUCUUACCGAGUCGAGUCGCUGUGAUGAAAGUAGGUCAAGUCUACUGCCAAGUCAACUCACUGGAGAAUAGCAAUCACGCCUCUCGCGGCAGAUUAUUGUCUUGGGUUCUCACGUGUCAUAUUAACUUUAAAUGUGACUCCGUCUCAAAACCAUUUCUCAAUAUUUAUCCCGUACGAACUGUCAUACUAUGACCUUAUCAGGGACAGCAUUUAAACUUUAACAAUUCAAUGACACUAAACUGAACAGCAGCUCGGCUUGAAAGCAAUGUUAAUUUAAUUCGCAGUGAUGCUUAAGAUUAAUUUAAAUUUUGCAAAAUUUAAUAUGGGCUUAAAUGUUAUCGCGACACCAGUGCCAAAUAUUGCAACAUAAACAGUUUAACAGUAGCUUGCCGUUCAAGUCAAAUAGUUGCUAUGACUUCUGACGAAAUCAGAAGAGCGUGCACCUGCCACGGUAUACCGUUACCUUUCAGGGAUGUUAUAGGUGCUUUAACCACUCAAGUCAGUAUUAUACCAGCUUGCCACCAUAUGCAAAUUUGGGCAGUGAAAUAUACUUUAGUAUACACUUACAUAUCUUAGUCUGCAGGGACUAUCAGGAUGGAGAAUUGCCAAAAACUGUUUCCAUUUCCAAAUUUUAAUUGUUGUUAUUCAUUCGACACAGUGUGUGUCAUGAUUGCGGAUCAUGUUGAUUGAAGCGACACCAUCCACUGAUGCAGCGUCAAGCUGUCUUUACGAUAAUCGUACUGUUAGGACAUCUCCUUGUAGGAGUACGGGAUGUCUAUAAAUAUGACACCUUUCGACCAAUGGCAGCCAGUAUAAUAUCACCCGUCUCUCCUAUGUCAUCAAGUUUCACCGAUGUUACUGUUCAGGGCAACCACAGUCUUCUUCUUCCAAUCACUGCAUGUUAACAUGGCCACAUAACGUUAACAUCCCGUGUUUAUUAUCUUUUUAUUAAAUCUGUAUUCUUGUUAUAUAUGUAAUUGACGUGAAAUAUAAUGAUUUCUUUUUCACCUUUUAAAUAUAUGAUAUUUUAACCCUCUGUAGACGGCCUGCUAUCACAAUGACGCCAUUGUUAGAACAUUACAUGACUGGCGGGACGUCUGAACGUCACACAUCUGAACGUACAGAGUGUACGUCACAGGUCUGAAUGUACAGAGUGUACGUCACAGGUCUGAACGUACAGAGUGUACGCCACAGGUCUGAACGUACAGUGUGUACGUCACAGGUCUGAACGUACAGUGUGUACGUCACAGGUCUGAACGUACAGAGAGUACGUCACAGGUCUCAAUGUACAGUUUGUGCGUCACAGGUCUGAACGUCACAGGUCUGAACGUACAGAGCGUACGUCACAGGCCUGAACGUACAGAAUAAUCAUCACAGGUCUGAACGUCACAGGUCUGAACGUACAGUGUGUACGUCACAGGUCUGAACGUACAUUGUGAACGUCACAGGUCUGAACGUACAGUGUGUACGUCACAGGUCUGAACGUACAGUGUGAACGUCACAGGUCUGAACGUACAGAGCGUACGUCACAGGUCUGAACGUACAGAGUGUACGUCACUGCUCUGAAUGUCAUAGGUCUAAACGUACGUCACAGGUCUGAACGUCAUUGGUCUAAACGUACGUCACAGGUCUGAACGGAUGAAAAGUCCAGUGUGUCUGAUCCUGUGGUUAUUGUCACGUGAGUUUAAUGACUGUAGUGUGACCUGAUAUUGGAGAAAAAAAUCAAUUCAUCAUCGCCAUUUUGUCCAUAAUUCACAUUCAUCGUGCGUGAAAGUGAACUGGUACGUUGUCAUGACUGUAAACAACAGGGCGGAGUAUAGGUCCGGUUCAAAUGUCUGGGCGCUGCUUUGUUAAGUGAUGAACAUAGUCCAUGCCUGUGUUGGUACACAGCAGUACCCUCCCACGACAGGCCUCACAUGUUGGUACACAGCAGUACCCUCCCACAUCAGGCCUCACAUGUUGGUACACAGCAGUACCCUCCAACAUCAGGCCUCACAUGUUGGUACACAGCAGUACCCUCCCACAUCAGGCCUCACAUGUUGGUACACAGCAGUACCCUCCCACAUCAGGCCUCACAUGAUGGUACACAGCAGUACCCUCCCACGACAGGCCUCAAAUGUUGGUACUUGGUUUACGGUAAGCCCACCUGAAAAGUCGAAAAUUUGGGAAAAAAAACAAAAAAAGAAGCAGAAUGGCAAGUAUUUUUUAUACUAUCGCCAACGGUAAAGAUUGCUUUGAUAAAAAAAUGACAAUGAAAUGUCGCUGUCAGAUUUUAGAUUUAUAAUACAAAGACCCAAACCAGGCCAAGGUAUUUUAUUCUUUUUUUAGAACCAUCGAACUAAAUCAAACUUUAAGAUGAUUAAAAAAAUCAAGCAUGAUUUUUUACUUUUUAAUUUCUUUUAGAUACCGAUCAAAUCAUCCACUAUCAAAAUCCGUAGACAAAACAAGAAGGAUGUCACACAAACCUUAAAAAAUCGAUAUUAAAUAAAAUUCUUAAUACAUAAUGAAAGCUCUUUAUGGAAAACAACGGCCAUUUUAGCUUUCUCUUUGACAGUAAAUCUCCGAGAUAAGUUACAUGUCUUACGUUCUAUAUUCUUACAAAGACUUGCCCAGUCAUUUCGAACGGAGCUGUAUUGACACCCUGCAACGAUAUGUGCAAGGGAAACCACAGCUGUACAAACAUCCCUUCCCGUUACCUUGGUUACAUAGUUUGUAUUGUAACUUUUACCGUUGAGCAGUUGUCAGGUGAGAUAGAUACCCACCUGUGUAUUAAUAACAGUGUGUUUGUUAUCUGAUGUACAUUUCUGUUUUAACUUUAAUUUAAAAAAACUGUUUCAAUGUUAUACAUGACGUUCAUGAAUAUCACAGAAAGUGUAAAUUAAUCUGCACGUUCUUUAUUCGCCGAAACAAUAUACGCGUGUUAAAUCGAUAACCGAAAUGUUUUCAUUGUAGUUUAAGCGUUUUAUGACAACCAAUUUGGUUUUAUAGAAUUGUUUUGUUAUUUCAUCGAUCUACUUAUUGAUAUUUCUUGUUUAAUACCUAGCAAUUGACAUGUAGUCUUCUUCCUUGUUCUCUUGAGACUCUUCUCCAAUGAAUGACGCGAAGCAAAGAAGUCCACUGUCAAUAUGCUGAAAGGGGAUUGUAUAUAAUGGUCGGACAUCAGAUUACUACUCUAAGGUUCCUUUCUUAUUAUUUAUAGUUAUUGAUAUUAGCGUAGAGGAUGUAUUCCUCAAGGUCACGGUAAUACAGGUUUGUGUGAUGUUAAAGAUUACUCAACUUUUUUGUGCGGGUAGAUUGUCUAUUUGCACCAACGUGAUAUGUCUCUGUUCAAAGGGGCUGUGGGGUAGCCUAGUGGUUAAAGCGUUCGCUCGUCCCGCCGAAGACCCGGGUUCGAUUUCCCAUAUGGGUACAAUGUGUGAAGCCCAUUUCUGGUGUUCCCCGCCAUGAUAUUGCUGGAAUAUUGCAAAAGGCGGCGUAAAACAAUACUCAGUCACCCUAUUCAAGGUUGCUCUUAUUCAGGGUCAAGUUUAAGAAAAAUGUCAAAUCAUGAGAAUUAUCAUGCACGAUCACCUUGGAAACACGCCGAGACACACUGUAUUAAAUCAUUGAUUCUAGAUCAAAUCACUUUUCAUGACUUUUACCUGUGCGAUUAUAACAUUUGACCCUGUCCGAUUUACCAGCAUUAAUUCAAACGUUGUUGAAAAAACCCUAUAAGUGCCACUUUAAAACAUGUGGUCAACGGAAUGUCUGUGCCAAAUACAAUCUUAUUGAUUAUGACUCUAUUUUAUGUACAACCCAACUCGUUCUACAUUCGCAUAUUUUGGCAAUCAUACUUACAUAUUUGAAAUUUUGUAAAUGGCAUUAUGAAGUUUUGACAUCUUCCGUACAUGGUACACGAUAAAGGCAGCUACUACGAGGAUGAUGUCGUACAGUGUGACGUUGUACAGGGUGACGUCGUGCAGGUUGACGUCGUGAAGGUUGACGUCGCACAGGGUGUGACGUCGUGUCGCGUCACGGGAGACGCCACCGGGCAGAGUAGAACACGUUAUGUUGUUAGAGACUAGAACCUAGGAGAGUGUUGUUCUGUUAACGUUGUCACAAUGAUGGAGUGUCAUAGACGUGUUCAAGGUUCACGGUUGAUACAUUUAUGAAAUAAACUAUAGCUGUUAUUACUAAUGAA